GGGCACUGGUGGGUGGCAUUGGUGGGCACAGGUGGGUGCACUGCUGGGCACAGGUGGGUGGCACUGCUGGGCACAGGUGGGUGCACUGCUGGGCACAGGUUGGUGGCACUGCUGGGCACAGGUGGGCGCACUGCUAGGCACAGGUGGGUGCACUGCUGGGCACUGAUGGGCAGCACUGCUGGGUGGCACUGCUGGGCACGGAUCAUCAGGGCACUAAUUAUCAAUGCCCUGAUGAUCGGUGCCAAUCCCUGCUCUGACAACUGCGGGUUCUCGACAGUACGUUCCCCACGCUCUGACAGUGUGAGGAAAGUGCAGCCGAGAACCGGCAAUUGC